GGUUGGCAGGUUGGCAGAUGGGGAGCGUUGAAGAGAUUACCUUGGAUGGAAGAUGGUUAUAGCUGUGGUUAUCAAGGGCAGGGUAGGGCAGUCGAUCUGGAUAUAGUUCACCGCCUUUGCCACUUCGUCCCACAAGAAACGAAGUAUGCGUAUUCCAGAAGCUACGCUGCAGAUGUCUUCUAGGAGUGGUCUAUUUUUUCUUUCACUGACGCCGUUUUGUUGAGGAGCAUAUCCGGAGGUUUGAUGAGGUUGAAAAGUGCGUCCACGACUACGAUUGCUUCUCCCAAAUUGUCCUCCUGGACCGAUCUGAGAUUAGUUGUCUUGGCCACCACGGAAUGUAAGGGCAUGAACGAGGCCAAGCCUUUCAUUUCACUCUUUUUUCUUUGGACUCUCAUCAACAAAGUAACGAGUGAAUUCCAAAUGGAAAGCUCAUAUCUCCACGGCGAAUCCUCUCUUCAGAAUCAAAGAAGGUCGAGUGACAACAAACCCAAACCUCCGUAUAUCUUGAUUGUGUUUUCACGAAUUGCUGUUGUGCUGCUGAAUUCAUGUUGUUGCUCAAGUGAGGACUUCAACGACAGUCUUCUUUUGGCAUCCUGAGGAACGGGAAUGCCUUUUUCCAUUCAGCGGACUCUUUCGUACUCUAUCCAAUGUUGUCCUACAAGUUUGUCCUAGUGGGUUCAUUCCAUUCCGAGGGAGCUUUGUAAGUUGUCCAAUCAUAGCUCCGUACAAGCUUCUGGUCCAGGUCUGACUUCUUGGAUUGAGGUGAGUAUUCUUGAACUUCCAUAUCCAUCCUUUCCCUUUCUCUCCUAUCCAAUAGGUGCAUAUUUCCCAUGUAAAUCUCAAAGGCUAAAGCAUGGCCACUAUUUUAUGUGGUGUAACAUCACAAUAUAAAAACUA